AUGGUCAUCGCCGUGUAUAACACCAUCAGCUCCGACUUCGGCCGCUUUCAAGACGCCAUAUGGAUCCUGGCCUCGUAUCGACUGGGCCUGGGGCCUGCUCAACCGUUGUACGGCAAACUCAGCGACAUCUUUGGGUAUCGAGUCGUGCUUACAUUUGCUUAUGCACUAUUCGGCAUCGGCUGCAUUCUCUAUAGUCGGGGUAGGGAUCUGUCCGAAUUUGCUGCUGGUCGCGUCGUGGCAGGCAUGGGUGGAGUGGGGAUGAGAAGCCUUGUCUCAAGUUCGAUCCUGUCUCUGGUCCCGUUACGCGACGUGGCCCUAUGGCGGUCGUGGAUGUAUGUGAUGGUUACGUUUGGGGGAGGCGUUGGCGCGCCUUUGUGGUGUAUCUUGGCGGAUACGAUUGGCUGGCGAGGUUCGUUUGCUUGUCAGGCUCCCUUGGCCGUGCUGGCUCUAACCCAGGUGUGUUGGAAGCUCCCGACUGACUCUGAACACAACACCAGCGCAAGAGCAGAUGGCAGCCCGAAAGCCAGCGAGGGAUCUCUGUCUAAGCUCCACCGCGUCGACUUUCCCGGCGUAAUUCUCCUUGCCACUUUCAUUAUUGCCUUCCUACUUGUUUGGAAAUUCGCCAGCAAGAGGCUUAUGGUCUCAGAUCCACUGAUCCUCCGCUUGUUCGUUCUUUCGUUUACAGCUAGCCUGCUAUUCCUGCUCGUAGAGGCAAAGUACGCCGAUGAACCAAUUCUCCCCUUAAGGUCGCUUGUUCACAGGGAUGUCUUGAUGGCGUACCUUAUCAUUGGGCUUUUGAUCACCGGCUCGAUGAGCAACGAGCGUCAAAAACCAUAUCAGAGACCGCUUACCGACCUUACACCAUCACAUCGCCAGACCAACUAUUAUGGGACUCCAGCAGCUCUAGAAGGCCCUUCAAACGUCCCAUUCAUGAAACCCCCACAUCACAUGUCCAACCAGGGCCCACAUAGGAUAACAACAACUGCUUGA